GAUUUCUAAGUAUUUAAAAAGACAGCUAGCAACAGCUCGGUCUUAUAGGGAGCACAAAUUAGACCCCAGCAAACCCUCUCCGCGCCAGGUCUGCGCAUGCGCAAUCUUCUUAUUCCGAGACUCAUUUCGCGCAGCUGGGAGGUCACGUUGGUCCCGCGAGACGGAAAUGAGGCAGCGCAGCUUCCGGUUAAGUGCAUCAACCAGAGCGGUAUGAUGGAGGAGGCGCCUCACGGCUGUCCAGGGGCUGACAGCGCCCAGGCUGGCCGAGGGGCUUCAUGUCAGGGAUGUCCCAACCAGCGUCUGUGUGCUUCUGGAGCCGGCGCUGCUCCGGACCCGGCCAUAGAGGAAAUCAAAGAGAAAAUGAAGACGGUGAAACACAAAAUCUUGGUGUUAUCUGGGAAAGGCGGCGUUGGGAAAAGCACUUUCAGUGCCCACCUGGCCCACGGCCUAGCAGAAGACGAAAAUACACAGGUUGCUCUUCUGGAUAUCGACAUAUGUGGGCCAUCGAUUCCCAAGAUAAUGGGAUUGGAAGGAGAACAGGUUCACCAGAGCGGCUCGGGCUGGUCUCCAGUGUAUGUGGAAGACAACCUGGGUGUGAUGUCUGUGGGUUUCCUGCUCAGCAGCCCUGAUGAUGCUGUCAUCUGGAGGGGACCCAAGAAAAGCGGCAUGAUCAAGCAGUUCCUGCGUGACGUGGACUGGGGAGAUGUUGACUAUCUCAUCGUGGACACCCCGCCAGGCACAUCCGAUGAACACCUCUCAGUUGUCCAGUAUCUGGCAGCAGCACAUAUCGAUGGGGCUGUGAUCAUCACGACCCCCCAGGAGGUGUCGCUCCAGGACGUCCGGAAGGAAAUCAGCUUCUGCCACAAAGUGAAGCUGCCCAUCAUUGGGGUGGUGGAGAACAUGAGCGGUUUCGUGUGCCCCAAGUGCAAGAAAGAAUCUCAGAUAUUCCCUCCCACGACCGGGGGUGCAGAGAUCAUGUGCCAGGACCUGAAGGUCCCUCUCCUUGCCAAAGUGCCUCUGGACCCGCACAUAGGUAAGAGCUGUGACAAAGGCCAGUCUUUUUUUGUUGAAGCGCCGGGCUCACCAGCCACAUUAGCCUACAGAAGUGUGAUUAAAAGAAUCCAAGAAUUUUGUAGUGCCCAGCAGUCAAACAAAGAGAACCUCAUCAGCUCCUGAGAACACAGGACAUUGCCGAGGAACCUGCCAGUGACAUGUCUGCCACACCUGGCAGCGUGGGGAUGAGUAGACUCUCAGGUACAAAAGGAGUGACACUGCCAUGGUAUGAAGUCACUCUGAGAUGCUUUAAUCAUCUGUUUCCCGUGCAGUUUCUUGAGCUCAUAGGUAUGAGGUAUGCUUCACACGUGCCAUUAUAAAAUAAAAUGUAUCCUCCAUCCUGUCCUGUGAGACUGCUUCUGGACACCAAAGGACUGGGGACAGGGCUGGCAGCCCACUGGGCAAUGGAAAUGCCUGUCUAGGCCAUUUCUGCCUCUGAUGAUGAGUCGGCCUAGGAAGGAACCAAAGGGAUUGAUGUGUGCUUUGAUGUAGAAAACAGCAUUGCCACACAGUUCCCCAUCAGAUGUAGGGAAAAUCUAGGCAGCGGCAGAACCUGGCACUGGGGUUCACUCUGGGAUCAGUACACACCGUGCAGCUGGGAGCCAUUAAAAAUCCCUUGAAAAAGCCUGUAAGUCAACCAUAGGACAGAGUCUGUGGUCUGUGUGUACACCCUGUUAGUAAUAUGUGCACAGUAAUUUCCAGGGUCACAUGCAAACAAUUUUCAGGUUUUUUUUGAAAGACAGAUAUAAACUCUACAUCCUCAUGAUUCAAGGACAAGAGACAUGGGAACUGAGAAUAGUUGAGGGAAGAGUAAAUUCCUGUUUUCCACACCACUCUGAGAAGAAAAGUGGAAGGUGGGCAAAUCCCCCAUUCUUUCCCUCCCAUUCUCCAUCUCCUCCCACCCUUUUACACCUGCACAUGUGGUUAGAUUUGCCUGGGUUCCGUAAGGACUGUGGGACCCGUCUGAAGGCCAAUGGGGCUGCACCCCUGGGCAGUCCAGUGCAGUCUGACUCUAGCCUUGCUAUAGCUGGUCCCCAACACUUUGCAAUGGAUCUUGGGCACAGAGGGACAGGAGAUGUAUGUCCCCAAGUUCUUGGGGCCACCAACCUGGAUUAUCUCACCUAAUGUUGAUGGAUCUCCAGCCCCUCAAGCCCAGGCUUCUGAAAGUCACCUGGGGAGCCCUGCAAUGGGAAAAGCCAACCAUGGCUUCUGUCCCGGCCUGUGAGCAAGCUGAUGGGAGACCUGCAGACCUGCGUGCUUCCUGUCUCAGCAGCAUCAUUCAAGUCCAAGGUGGCUCAAACCUCUACAGGAUGAGCUUGGUCAAGUCUAAAUACUCACCUAGUUCUUCUACAAUUAUCUGCUAACUUCAAAAAAUCCUUUGCGAUUAUUUCCUUAAUUCUGUGGUUUUUAAAAAUCACUAAAAAUUAAAUGGCAGUCACAAAAGGACAGACACUUGUUGACUGCACCAAUGUGAGGUCCUUACAGCAGGCAAAUCCAUGGGGACAAAGAAUAGUGGGUGCCAGCGGCUGGGGCUGGGUGGGGAGUUGGUGCUUAAUGGGCAGAGUUUCAGUCUGGGAAGACGGAAAAGGUUCUGGAGAUGGAUGUUGUGAUGGGUGCACCCGCUGCCAGAACUGCACUUGGAAAUGGUUAAAUGGUCAACUUCGUGUAUGUUUUACCAUAAUAAAAAGCACAGCAGUGGCAGCCUUCCUUCACUCUGCAUGUCCUGAAACCUCAGUAACUCACCGUCUGGAACACGGUCUGGGACAGAAAACUGGCUGCGACUUUGCUGAUGUCACUCUCGCCUCCCAUCUUACAAAGGAUGUAGCCAUAGAGGUUGGCAGCUUGGAGCGAAAUCCCAGCGAUCACAAGAGCCUGCGCCCGGGCAAAGCAGAGGAGCCCUGCUGAGAGCAAAGGUGACAGGAGGGGCCCUGGCCUGUGCCUGCACAGAUACCCUGGACAGUCUGUCUUCAUCUCUGGGCUGUCCCAGCUCAUAGGGAGGAGAGGAGAGCAGAGAAACCAAAGCUGCCCAAGCUCACAGAACAGAGGUUUGGAGCCCCACUUGUAAUUACACUGUUGCUCAGACCCUGCCCAGACAUUUUGUCUCCACUGAAUAGACUAGACCAUGGCAGUGAAAUAGCAGACCUCCAAGAUAAAACUUCACAACUCUUAGGCUUAUUCCCACCUGGGAUGGGAUAUAAUGCUACAUGUUUAAGAAAAAGAAAGAAAGAAAACUCCUUCCUUGGGGCUGAGGAUGUAGCCAGUGGAGCCCUUGCUGAGCAUGUGUGAAGCCCCGGGCCUGGGUUCAAUCCCCAGUACCACAAAACAAACGAGUGAAAAUCCUCUCUUACCAGCCUUGUUCAUAAGAACCCAACAGUCAUAACGAAGCAAUGAUUGUUACCUAAUGGAGGACAGGCAGAACGUGGCACUGUUCCACCAUAAAAAGGAAUGUUGUACUGAUGGACCUUGAAGAUAACCAAAGUGAAAGCCAGUCACAAAUGGCUGUGCAUUGCAUGACGCCAGCCAUAGAAGGCCCAGAGGGGCUGGGGAUGUAGCUCACAUACGCGGCUCUGGCUUGAUGCCCAGGGCCAUGAAAAAUAAGUAAAACAUCUCAGAAUAGGCAAAUCUAAACAGAAUAUGGGUAAG